GUUUAUUAAGAUAUGGACUAUUCCUUCUUUAUCUUAAUUUAAGAACAAUUCGACUAUCAAAACCGGAGAAAUUACAGAACAUCUCAAUUUGACCGGCAAAGGCACAAAAAAGAUCAUAAUGAGACUGUUAAGUGCGAGCAGAGUGAUUGACCUCCCAAAAAGGCAGAAAUAAAGUGAUCAAUUAGCAGCUAGCUAGCCGCUCAACGUCACUUUAAAGCAAAGUUUUCUUUUGGGUGUGUAAAUUACCAAAUUCAUACUCCAUCAUCAAUCAUCUGGAUCUGAUUGUCUGAAGCUCGCAGGCCUAAUUCGGGAUUGAGAACGUAAACGAUGUCUUUUGAGGAGGACGAGGAGUCGUUCGAUCACACGCUUCUGGUGGUGCGUGAGGUUUCGGUUUUCAAAAUCCCGCCGCGCUCCACCAGUGGCGGCUACAAGUGCGGCGAGUGGCUUCAGUCCGACAAGAUCUGGUCUGGCCGCCUCCGGGUCGUGUCCUGCAAGGACCGCUGCGAGAUUCGCCUCGAGGAUCCCAACUCCGGCGAGCUAUUCGCCGCGUGCUUCGUGCUUCCUGGCCAGCGGGAGACCUCCGUCGAGUCGGUGCUCGACUCUUCCAGGUACUUCGUCCUGAAGAUCGAGGAUGGCCGCGGAAAGCACGCGUUCGUCGGCCUAGGUUUUAACGAGAGGAAUGAGGCUUUUGAUUUCAAUGUCGCAUUGUCGGAUCACGAUAAGUACGUUAAGAGAGACACCGAGAAGGAGGCCGGCGAUGGUCAGGCUAGCGACGAUAAUAAUCAUAUUGAUAUUCAUCCAGCUGUCAAUCACCGCUUAAAGGAAGGAGAAACUAUAAGGAUAAAUGUGAAGAACAAACCUUCUAGUGGAGCAGGCAUGCUUUCAGCUGCUGGCUUGACAAGCGGGUCCUCUGGAACUGGGAACCCCAACACCAUAACCCUUGCACCACCUCCCAAUGACACUGCUAUUGGGCUUGGAAAACCCAGAUCUCCUCUUCCACCGCCUCCCAAUGACACUGCUAUUGCUCGUAAGACUUCUGCCAUUAAGGGUAUUGUGCCCAAGAGGGCUAAGGACAAUACAGAUUGCUCUGCUGGUCCUUUAUCAGAUCUCUCUCCGAUCGAGAAGAGCCUGCCAUCUGAAAGUCGACCAUGUUCUAGUAAAGCAGCAACAACAUCAGCAUCCGGAUGGGCAGCGUUUUGAUUUUAGGAUGUGUUUGGCUGAAACAUGCUAUUUGUUUAACUGUUGUACCACUAUGAAUUAUUGCGAAAUUAAUUGAGCUGGAAAGUUUUUUGGAAACUACUGACUUACUGAGUAACCUUUUCAGUUGUCAUCACGGGGUGGUGGGACGAUAUGAUAACAGAAUCUGUUGAUAUAAAUAACGGGUUCCAUAGCUACACAAUGAACUUUUUUCUUUCUGUUGUACCUAAAAAGUAGCUUUUCUUUGUAUCAUGUGAAGAUUAUAGUUUGGGGGAGUUGUCCAUCUGUAACUUCAAAGUUCAAACUGGUAUUAUCGGAAAAAGAUUAUUAUUUUAUUCAUGAAACAAGGUGUGAAGUGGGUAAUCAACGUUGAC